AAAAAUCAAGUUCAACGAUGAAGACUUUGGAAUAAGACUAGAUCUAAGUGCCUGGAUAGAUUCGGAGAAAGAACAGAUCAUCUGCAGAGUCGUCGACGAACAGUAGCCGAAUUGUAAAACUGCAAGGUGACGACGCAACGCAUCCACACGCCAUUCCGGAAUCCUCUUAAUAUGUCGGGCAGCAAGUGCCGCAAUUGCGGAUCCACGGAUAUAGAAACCGAUCCAGCACGUGGAGACGCAGUUUGUACACAAUGUGGUUCUGUGCUCGAGGAUCAGCUGAUCGUCAGCGAAACAGCUUUCGAAGAAACUGCGACUGGGAAUAUUAUGCUUGCGCAGUUUGUCGCCAGUGAUAGUGCUGGCGGCGCAACAAGUUUCGGUGCAGCCUACCAUGUGAGCGGUAAAGAAUCUCGAGAAGUCACUAUACAGAAUGCAAGGAAAGGCAUAACAAACCUUUGUACUCAACUAAGAUUAAAUCAACACUGCGUGGACACGGCUGUAAAUUUUUAUAAAAUGGCAUUGAGUCGGCAUUUAACCAGAGGUCGGAAACAGGAACACAAUCACGCAGCUUGCGUUUACAUCACAUGUCGAACGGAGGGAACAGCACAUAUGUUGAUUGAUAUCAGCGAUGUACUACAAAUUUGCGUGUACGAAUUGGGACGGACAUAUUUGAGAUUCACUCAGGCGUUAUGCAUCAACAUUCCUUCAAUGGAUCCUUGCCUCUACAUCAUGCGGUUUGCAAAUAAACUUGAGUUUGGCGAAAAAAGCCACGAGGUUUCGAUGACGGCACUCAGGGUCGUGCAAAGGAUGAAAAGAGAUAGUAUUCACAGCGGUCGGAGACCUUCCGGUUUAUGCGGAGCCGCCCUGCUUAUGGCUGCACGACUUCACGAGUUCAAUAGAUCUCCGGGUGACAUUAUAAAAAUUGUCAAAGUACACGAGUCGACUUUACGCAAAAGGCUAAUAGAAUUCGGUGAUACACCAUCCAGUGCUUUGACACUUGAAGAGUUCAUGACGGUCGAUUUGGAGGAAGAACAGGAUCCACCUGCCUUUAAAGCGGCUAGAAAAAAGGAUCGGGAACGUCUACAGAAGUUAGAAAAAAUGUCCAACGAGUUCAACGAACUCCAAACCGAAAUUGACAAGCAGCUGGAGGAACAGAAAUCUGGGAAAGCGAAACGGAAGAAAGAUGCAUCAAAUCCAGAAGAACUGGACGCUGACAGGUUUAUAAGACAGAGCAAUUUAAACAUCAUACAUGACUGCUUGACUGGGAUGGUCGAGGGUUCUGAAAAUGCUACUGAAGAUCACGACGAUCCUCCAUCCAUCGUCGAAUCCGGUCCAGGUACUCGUUCUUCGGAGUAUUUGGCCAUGGGCUUAGGUCCCGAUAUAGCUUCGAUGGGAUUAGCAUCUUCCUUGGACGAUAAAAGCAACGCCUCGAAAGAAAAGGACGUCUCGAUUUACGAAAACGGUUCACUGGAAAUUGAUAUGUCAGGAAUCGAUGAUGACGAAUUGGACAGCUACAUUAUGUCUGAGAAAGAGUCGCGAUAUAAAGGGAAAUUGUGGAAUAAGGUGAACGCGGAAUACCUUGAACAGCAAAAAGAAAAGGAAGAGAAGCGCAAGAAGGAAAAGGAGGAAGGGAAACCGGAAAAAAAGCGCAGACGAACUGCUCCGCGUAAGCAGAAGAAUCAAGGGCCAGCAAAUAGUGCGGGCGAGGCAAUCGAAAAAAUGCUACAAGAAAAGCGGAUAUCUUCAAAGAUAAACUACGAGGUACUCAAGAGCUUGAGCAUCGCCGUGCCUGCACAGACGACUGGAGAACAGUGCAACGAUUCAGAGAUUUUACCUGUACCCGCUUCGCCUUCGGCUCAAGAUUCUUGUCAAGCUUUCAGUCCUAGUCGGGUAAACAGAACACCGGGAGUUAAGGUCGAAGAAUCGGUGGUAAAACAGCCUCGAAAGUUUCAAGGUCCAAAAGUCAACGCAAAACGUACGCGGAAAACUGGCGAGGUCGGGCUUCCGCUUGGCGACACGGAAAUUGUCACUGAUGAUGAGCCGCUAAAGGUUGAGGUAGCAUUGUCCUCGACACCAGUCGGGGCUGAAUUCACCUCAGAUGCUGUCGGGGACAAUGAGGAUUACGUAGACGAGGAGGCUGACGUAGAUGCCGAGGUGGAUGAGUUAUCUGUGGGUCAGAUGUUGGGUCGGUAUACCGGUGACGAUGAUUACGGAUACGGUUACGAAGAUGAGGAUUAUUGAAUAUCGUUAUUAGUGCGGACAUGUCGCACGUUUGAGGAGAUACACCAAGCCGAGGAUGGAUGCAUCUUGACGCAAAAUGAACGUGAGCUCUCGACAAAUAAUCUUACGCCUUGUAUGCGCUACAUUGGGUUAAUCGACAUUAGUGUAUCGAUAACUGCAUCAGGCCUGAUUAUCUGAAGUUGAGACAAACGAAUUUUUCCAAUGUUCAUUGCAGUGGUGGGCUGGUAAAAUUCGAUAUUAUUCGGACCAGUCGGAAGGCGGAAAACAACAUCACAACGCGUGACAACCACGUCAAAUUCGUUUGUGUACAUUUACUCGAUUUCUUGAUACGUCUAGAUGGUGAAGAAUUAUGCAUUUAUUCGCUCAACUUUCGAUAUUUAACUUCAAUGCAUACCUAUCUGCU